GGGGCGGAGCCUGCGGCCGGCUGAGGUUUAGCUUCGCGGCCCGCGCCCGCGUUUCUCUCCCCGAGCGGGCCAUGGCUGCAACUUCCUGCUUAUCCACGCUGGCCGCGCGACUGCUGCAUUCCGCACGGGGCUACCACCUCCCCCAGCGGCCCUUCCACGUCGCCGCAGUCCGAAAUGAAGCUGUCGUCAUUUCUGGAAGGAAGUUGGCCCAGCAGAUCAAGCAAGAAGUGAGGCAGGAGGUAGAAGAGUGGGUGGCUUUGGGCAACAAGCGGCCACACCUCAGCGUCAUUCUGGUUGGUGAGAAUCCUGCCAGUCACUCCUAUGUCCUCAACAAAACCAGGGCAGCUGCAGAUGUGGGAAUCAACAGUGAGACAAUUGUGAAACCAGCUUCAAUUUUAGAGGAAGAGCUGUUGAGUUUAAUCAAUAAACUAAACAACGAUGAAAAUGUAGAUGGCCUCCUUGUUCAGUUGCCGCUCCCUGAGCACAUUGAUGAGAGGAAGAUCUGCAAUGCUGUUUCUCCAGACAAGGAUGUUGAUGGCUUUCAUGUCAUUAAUGUGGGGCGAAUGUGCUUGGACCAGUAUUCCAUGCUGCCAGCUACCCCAUGGGGUGUGUGGGAAAUAAUUAAACGAACUGGCAUUCCAACCUUAGGGAAGAACGUGGUUGUAGCUGGAAGAUCAAAAAAUGUUGGAAUGCCCAUUGCGAUGCUGCUGCACACAGAUGGGGCACACGAGCGUCCUGGAGGUGACGCCACUGUGACAAUAUCUCACCGAUACACUCCCAAAGAGCAGCUGAAAAAGCACACGAUUCUUGCGGAUAUCAUAGUGUCUGCUGCUGGCAUUCCAAAUCUGAUCACAGCAGACAUGAUCAAGGAAGGAGCAGCAGUCAUUGAUGUGGGAAUAAACAGAGUUCAAGAUCCUGUCACUGCCAAGCCCAAGUUGGUUGGAGAUGUGGAUUUUGAAGGAGUCAGGAAGAAAGCCGGCUACAUCACUCCAGUCCCUGGGGGUGUUGGUCCCAUGACAGUGGCCAUGCUAAUGAAGAACACCAUUAUUGCUGCAAAGAAAGUGCUGAGGUCCGAGGAGCUGGAAGUGCUCAAGUCCAAGGAGCGCGGAGUUGCCACCAGCUAACCGUACUCCACGCCAUUCAAAGAGGCAAAGCAGGCCAAGAGAAACAUAAUAUUCUUAAUUUAUUCUAUUGAAUGGUUUAAAACAAUGUGUUAUAUUUAUUGAAAGCUCAAGUGGGUGUGUGUAUGCACGCAUGGCUCUGCAGAAUCUCACCAGGGAGCCCACUAGUGUCCUGCAUUGACCUGGUGCUACGUGGGAGACGUCUGUCACACUGAGAAUGGAUGCUGAACCUCAUCAAAAAGCUGCCUUUUCUAGGAUCACGUUCUCCAAGUGCUAUUCCAAUAAGAGUUGGUACUCAUCUUGGGUUCAAAGCCUUCUGAGUUCAACUUGUCAAACCAAAGGAAAAACGUGACUAGAGAAAAUUAGGGAAAAGGUGAAAAGGAAGAAAUGGCAGUAAGGGGGUGGAAGAAGACAUUUCCCUACUGUUUUUAUGCACAUGGAGUUGUAACCCAUAUCCCUGAGGAGAACUGAAUUGGCUUGGUUUGGAAAAGGAAAGCCCCAAGUUACUAACUGUCUCCCUGUGGCUGAGUCACUGGGGAAAUGCUAGGGUUACUCCACUUGCUAUUGCCCUUAUUUGAACUGUUACCUUCAAACCUGUCCCCAUUUUAGUUUUCUAGGAUUGAAAAGUUAUUUCUGUGAUUGUCAAGUUGGGCUUAUGUGACACCCGUGAACUUUACAUUUCAGAUUGAUGGUGUCUGUGUGGUUUCUUUGGUAUACCUUGAGACCUAUUUUUGAAAAAAAAAACUUGGGUGUGAUAAUCAUUAGGGCAGCCUGUGUGAAACAUACUUUCUUCCACCAAAGAACUUUUGGCAGCUGCCUGCUUGUCUUUCAUGUACCCUGUUGGCUUUCCUGAAAGACUGUUAAGAGCUUGAGUUAAUAUUAAAUUUAAUCAGAUUUUCUUAUUAAAA